GUCGGAGAAAGGAGAGAAAGGAAAGCGCGAGGAGCCGCCGCCGCCGCCGCCACCGCCGCCAGCGCCGCCGUGCCGGAGUCGAAGGGACCCGGGCCUCGCCCCGCCGCGCCUCCCGCUCGCCGCCGGCUCUCUGUCCUCGGACUCACUCCAACAGCCUGUAAAACAUGGUGGAUUACUAUGAAGUUCUAGGCGUGCAGAGACAUGCCUCAGCCGAGGAUAUUAAAAAGGCGUACCGGAAAUUGGCACUCAAGUGGCAUCCUGAUAAGAACCCUGAGAAUAAAGAAGAAGCAGAGAGAAAGUUCAAGCAAGUAGCUGAGGCGUAUGAGGUGUUAUCAGAUGCCAAAAAACGGGACAUCUAUGACAGAUACGGCAAAGAAGGGUUAAAUGGUGGAGGUGGAGGUGGAAUUCAUUUUGACACUCCGUUUGAUUUUGGCUUCACAUUCCGUAACCCAGAUGAAGUCUUCAGGGAAUUUUUUGGUGGAAGGGACCCGUUUUCAUUCGACUUUUUCGAAGACCCAUUUGAGGACUUUUUUGGGAGUCGAAGAGGCACCCGUGGAAGCAGGAACCGAGGCACAGGGUCGUUUUUCUCUGCCUUCAGUGGAUUUCCGUCUUUUGGAGGAGGAUUUUCUUCUUUUGAUACAGGAUUUACUUCCUUCCCGUCAUCAGGUCACGGGGGCCUCACUUCGUUCUCUUCCACGGCAUUUGCUGGUAGUGGGAUGGGCAACUUCAAAUCUAUAUCAACUUCUACUAAAAUGGUUAAUGGCAGAAAAAUCACUACAAAGAGAAUUGUGGAGAACGGUGAAGAAAGAGUGGAAGUGGAAGAGAACGGCCAGUUAAAGUCCUUAACGAUAAAUGGUGUGGCCGAUGAGGACGCUCUCCUGGAGGAGUGCCGGCGCAGAGGUCAGAGUGCGCUGCCCGCCCAGCCCGCCAGCACCAGCGGCCACUCACCGAGGCCACACAGGCCGGCCUCCCUGCCCAAACCCGAGUCUCUCCACACGCGUGAAGAGGAGGACGAGCCAGGCAACCAGCGGGCCACCAGCAGCCCCUGGGACCCCUCCGUGCUCUCUGCAGGAUUCAAAGAAGGUGGCAAGAGGAAGAAGCAGAAGCAGAGAGAGGAAUCCAAGAAGAAGAAGUCGACCAAAGGCAACCACUAGACGGACUGCAGCCUCGCUCGCGCUGCCCGAGGCGGCGCCCAGGCCGGCUCCGUGCGGUAGUGCGUGUUAGCUAGCGGCGCCUGCUUUGCCCCUGUCCCGAGACCACACCUUCUCAGCACGGGCAUGCGGAGGACGCCUCAGUCAGCGCAGGGGCGGCGGGAGACGGGAGCGACGGUCGCGGGUGGCGGAGGCAUGGGUGUGGAGCCUGCCCGACUGCCCUCGCUUCUCCCAGCACUAAAUCCGAUUGCGUCUCCUCGAGUGGUUAAGGACCCAGCGCCUUCUUUGCAGCUGCUCAGCCGCGACACCAACUUGUGAGAUACUUCUAGCGUUAGGGGUGUGAGGGGUGCCGGCAGAUAACGGAGUGUGUUCUCGGAAUGACUUUCUUUCUUCGUGGCGGUAGAUUUCUGGGAGCCAGCACGUAGUUAAGGGCAGGGUGACCGAGCGGCAUCGUGCAUCGGGUCACGGCCUCCAGGGUGCUCGUCCUUCAGACCGGGGGGCGGGCUAGACCUCCAAGCAGCGCUGCAGGGUGGCCUGGCCACAUCCUGGGGGGGCCCCAGGGGUGAAUCACUUUAGAUGUAAAGUCAUUCCUUACAUUUAUCGUAGUUUUAAUCUCUAGCCUGAACUUGACUUCAAAUAUUGUUUAAUUUUUGCUAAAUCCCAUCUUUUUUUUUCUUGGACCCUUAAUUCUUCUUAGCACAUUCACAGGAUCCUACAGAAUUUUGUUGGGUGAAUGCCAUGUCUGGGUCAUAGUUUGGGUCACGCGGGGAAGAA